AUGGCCGGCUGCAACCUGGUGGGCAUCGCCCAGACAGGCAUUGAUGCUUUGCUGCUGAGUGCGCAGGAACCUGUUCCCAAAGGCUCCGUGCAGCCAAUCGCGUUGAUCCUAGCACCCACACGAGAGCUCGCGGUGCAGAUCACAGAGGAGGCAACGAAGGUCUUGAAACAGUCCCGAAGUGGUACGCACAGGAAUGGCAUUUGGGCAGUCUCUGUUUAUGGUGGCGGCAAGAAGUUUGACCAGAUCAAGAACCUGCAAUGGGGCUCAGAGAUUGUGGCCGCCACGCCGGGUCGCCUUAUUGACUUUGUCACGUCCAAGGUGAUGAGCCUAGAGCGUGUGACGAUGCUGGUUUUGGAUGAAGCCGACCGAAUGCUCGUGGAGGGCUUCGCCGAAGAGGUCAAUGUCAUCUCUGCCCAGAUCCGGCCGGAGCGGCAAGUCUUGUUCUUCUCGGCCACCUGGGCUGCGGAGGUGCAAGAACUCGCCGCGGGCCUCUGUCAUUGUUCCCAGCCGGUGCGGCUGUCCGUCGACCAGGAGCAGGGAAGCUGCAUGAAGGCGGCCCGGAAGGCGCGACAAGGAAUUGUGCAGGAGGUGGUCGUUGUCGACUACCCGGACGAUUACGAGAAGCAGGUUGCCGAGAAGAGGAGACGCCUUGACGACCAUCUGAACGAGGUGCUUUGGUCUUCGGCAGAUCACAAAGUCCUAGUCUUCGUGUCGCAGAAGACGUACGCAGACGAGCUGGCAACAAAGCUGUGGGAUGCAGGCUUCCAAGCAGCAGCCAUGCAUGGUGGCAAAUCGCAGGAAGCCCGGCUGGCUACGCUGGACCGUUUCCGCAAGGGCGAGCUCAGGCUCCUCAUUGCCACGGACGUCAUAGGCCGGGGCAUUGACAUUCCGUCCGUGUCCCACGUCGUGGUGUUUGACAUGGGAGGCGUGGAGGACUACAUCCAUCGCAUCGGGCGAACUGCAAGAGGGAAAGAUGGCACUGGCCAUGCGCUUGUCUUCUUCGAGUACUGGCACAAGGAUCCCAGCAUCGCAUCCCAGCUCGUGGAAGCCCUCUCAAGUUCCGGGCAGCAGGUCCCACCGGAGUUGAAGAAAAUCGUCCAAGAAGUGGAUGCCGGACAGCGUCAGGUCUGGAAGGGGAACAACUCCAAAUGGUCCGGCAAGCGAUGGGCCAGCAAUGAGUGGUCCAGCCGAAACGAAUAUUCUAAGAGAUCGGAAUGA